AGCACACACAUACGGCAAGCUUCACUGUGUGUGUAAAUUCCGGUACACCGUCAAAUGGUAGAGGCUCAAUCAUGGACCACUCGCCGGAGCAGCAAUCCUAGGCUAGAAACUUCCGUCGACAUCCCAAUCACACCUACCGGUGAAGUCCGUUACGGCACCAGCAACAACAUUUUCGCGGCCUUAUCUGUGACUUCAAUCGUUUCUCCGACCAUCUUAACUACGCUGAUCAUCGCGUCAUGGUACUUAUCCAACAUUGGCGUCCUCCUGCUUAACAAAUAUCUCCUCAGCUACUAUGGUUUCAGAUAUCCGAUCUUCCUCACAAUGCUUCACAUGAUCUCUUGUACUUUCUACAGCUUGAUCGCAAUACGAUGGUUCCAGAUCGUGCCUUUCCAACAGAUUUUAUCUCGAAAACAGUUCUUCAAAAUAUUAGCAUUAUCCGCAAUUUUUUGUUUCUCAGUUGUUUGUGGAAAUACCUCACUCAGAUACCUGCCAGUUUCAUUCAACCAAGCUAUUGGAGCAACAACGCCAUUUUUCACGGCGAUCUUUGCUUUUCUGAUCACUUGUAAGAAGGAAUCUGCUGAGGUAUACUUGGCUUUGAUGCCGGUUGUUUUUGGUAUCGUUUUGGCAAGUAACAGCGAACCGUUGUUUCAUUUGUUUGGUUUUUUGAUGUGUGUUGGCUCCACGGCUGGCAGAGCGUUGAAAUCGGUGGUACAAGGGUUGUUGUUGACGUCAGAUUCGGAGAAACUCCAUUCAAUGAACCUUUUGUUGUAUAUGGCGCCAAUGGCGGCCGCGAUUUUAUUGCCUUUUACUUUGUAUAUAGAAGGAAAUGUAUUCGCUAAGACGUUAGAGAAAGCGAAGGAUGAUUCGUUUAUGGUGUUUUUGUUGAUCGGAAAUGCCACAGUGGCGUAUUUGGUGAACUUGACGAACUUUCUGGUCACGAAGCAUACAAGUGCGCUGACGUUGCAGGUUCUGGGUAACGCGAAGGCUGCUGUUGCAGCCGUGGUGUCUGUAUUGAUUUUCAGAAACCCGGUGACGGUGAUGGGAAUUUCCGGUUUCGCCGUGACGAUAAUGGGAGUUGUACUUUACAGCGAAGCAAGGAAAAGAUCUAAAGUCACAGUUCAUUGACAGCCAAAAAGAAAAUUCACUGGUGCACUUUCUUCCUUUCUUUGUUCAUUUGAUCAUUUGAUGCCUAUUUAAUUUCAUUUCAUUCUGAAUUUUUAAAUGAAGACUUAGAAAGGGAUAAAGAAAGAAAAAAUAAAAAUAAAAGAAGAUUCCAUGAUUAGAUUGUAUAGGAUGAGAUAUGACUGUAUACCAUUCAUUUAGAGAACAUUCUCCUUUUCGCCUUCCCCUGUUUGUACCAUUACAUGUUAUCAGUAAAACAUGAAGUUGGAAUACUAAUUUCUUGAAAGCUUCUUGAAAUGGUAUUGCCUUGUAGUUAUUUGCAGAAAGAUUAGUUACCUACUUGAUUUCAU